AUGAAACUUUCAGACAAGAUUGCGGCGUACAACUUGUCGCACCCUUUCUACACCUUUGAGUUCUUUCCCCCCCGGACUGACCAGGGGUUCGAGAAUCUAAUUCCGCGUAUAUCGCGCCUGUCAACUCUAAACCCUCUUGCAAUAAGUGUAACAUGGGGAGCUGGGGGUUCGACAAGGGACCGGACAAUCGACCUCGCAGGUCUGACCCAAUCAGAUUAUGGAAUCGACACCGUUUUGCACUUGACAUGCACGAAUAUGGUCCCAGGGAUGGUGGAUGAUGUUCUUAGGGCGGCAAAAGUGCGGGGUAUACAGAAUAUACUCGCGCUGCGUGGUGAUCCACCGCGGGGAACCGAGCAUUGGACGCCCGUCGACUCUCGCUUUACUCAUGGAAUUGACCUUGUAAGGUAUAUCCGUUCUUCUCCAGAGUUCUCCUCCCACUUCUGUAUUGGCGUUGCAGCCUAUCCUGAAGGUCAUCCAGACCACGAUACUGAUGAAGAUGGUAACCUGAACGUCCUGAAGGAGAAGAUCGAUGCGGGAGCAGAUUUUAUUGUCACGCAACUAUUCUAUGACGCGGAUCCUUUUCUCGAAUGGGUAGACAAAGUUAGAGCAAAAGGCAUCACUGUACCAAUCAUACCUGGCGUCAUGCCCAUUCAAACUUAUUCUUCCUUUUUGCGCUUGAUAAAGCUAUGCGGUGUCAAGGUUCCCCCCUCCGUUAUGGCUGCUCUUGAGCCAAUCUGUCAUGAUGACCAGCUUGUGAAGGAUUACGGCAUAGGACUUGCUGUUGACAUCAUUCGAAAAAUUACCUCCACAGGAAAAAUCAAGGGAAUUCACUUCUGCACUCUAAAUCUUGAGAAGAGCGUCCAGCUUGUUAUAGAGAAACUGCAAUGGGCAGGCGGGAGCCCGAUAACGAAGAAUAAAUUGAUCGCUGCAAGACCGAUGAUCCAUGCUCAGCUCGCUACCUCCUCUGAUUUGGUCAUCGAUCCCACCACAGCAACAAACACAGCAACAAAUGCGCUAACGUUUAAGCAAACCUUGGACCCAGAGCCCGGCCGAGGCGAGCUGAAUCAUGCAGCGACAUGGGACGAUUUUCCGAACGGUCGUUUCGGUGAUUACAAGAGUCCCGCGUUCGGUACCCAAGAUCAAUGGGGCGGGACUGGAUUUUGUCAGUACAAAGGUGAAUGGGGUCAUCCCAAAAGUACUGAUGACCUUACUUCGCUCUUCCUGCGCUACCUCCAUUCCGAGGUGUCCUCGUCUCCAUUUUCCUCUUUGCCACUUUCUUCAGAGUCGCUAACCAUCCUGCCGCACCUCGAGCAACUCACGAAGCGUGGAUGGUGGACCGUUUGUUCGCAGCCUGCAGUAGACGGGGCGCACUCUACGGAUGAAGUCUUCGGAUGGGGUCCGAGAGGCGGGUAUGUUUACCAAAAAAGUUUCGUGGAGUUCUUCGUGGAAGAGAAAGAUCUGGAGAGGAUUGAAAAGAAGGUCGAAGCGGAGGGGAGAGGUUGGGUGCACUAUUUCGCCGGGAAUCUGCAAGGAGAAUGUAUAAGUAACGUACCGAGUGAUGGCCGGAACGCAGUCACGUGGGGUAUGUUCCCCGGGCAAGAAAUUACUCAGACGACCAUAAUCGAGCGUGAAUCUUUCCUGACGUGGAAGGAUGAAGCAUUCUCCAUCUGGGCCGAGUGGGCAUCCUUCUACCCACCAGGAUCCGACGAAGGAGAGCUACUCAAUUGUGUUCGCAAGGAGCGGUGGCUGGUGAGCAUCGUGCAUCAUGAUUACAAGAGGCCGGACGCUCUAUGGACGUUCUUGUUAGAUGGAGAACUCCCACUAUGA